CAGUGCGAAACAGAACGCGCAUCGGACCUGUGUUGCUACCGCAAGCAACUUCGCAACUUCUCAACGUACACUUUUCGUUUGUUUUGUGAAACGAGCUACAGAUUAAUUUCCAGUGUUUUACUUGGACAAAGUUUAUUAAAACUUUACCUCGGUUCUAUUUGUGGAAUCGGCUACGGUUAAUACUAAUUCUGUAUGGUUUUAUGUGAAAAACUCGUUAUGUGUUCGGUGAAAAGGACGUAACGUGGCUGUAAAUUUUACGUUACAUGAACAGUCAGAUGAUUUUUGAAAAGAUAUUUUCAUCGCGGCUCAGGCGGAAUUGCAAAACACCAUAAAUAUGACACGGGCUUAUUGCAACAGUGGCCAACAUAGAAGAGUGACACGCUGAGGGCAUCAUGGCGGCCAGCGCGCGCGUCAGGGGUGGAGGUCCUCUCUCACGGCUUCUUAUUUUAGCCGUGUUACAUGUUAAUUUUAUUGCCCUAGGUCUGGAACCGGACUUCUUGUUCCCCCUGGAGAAUGUGACCAUCGCACAAGGAAGAGAUGCGACGUUCACCUGCGUGGUUAAUAACCUCGGUGGUUACAGGGUGAGUGGCGACUCCGCCACCGCCAGGGUAGCGUGGAUCAAGGCGGAUACAAAGGCAAUUUUAGCUAUACACGAGCACGUGAUCACGAACAAUGCGAGGCUGAGCGUCACCCACAACGAUUAUAAUACCUGGACACUCAACAUUCGCGGAGUGAAACGAGAGGACAGGGGACAGUACAUGUGCCAAGUUAAUACAGAUCCAAUGAAAAUGCAGACAGCGUUUCUAGAAGUUGUCAUACCACCCGACAUUAUAUAUGAAGAGACGUCUGGAGACAUGAUGGUGCCUGAGGGUGGUUCUGCUAAGCUAGUGUGUAAGGCCAGAGGAUACCCACCACCGAAGAUAGUAUGGCGGAGAGAAGACGGAGGGGAUCUCAUAUCUAGAGGUGGACCGCAAGGCAAAACUAAAGUAAUGUCGCUGGAGGGCGAGAUUGUGAACCUGACGAAAGUUACUCGCUCCGAGAUGGGAGCGUAUCUAUGCAUCGCGGCAAAUGGCGUGCCGCCGUCCGUUAGCAAGAGGAUAAUGCUCCACGUGCACUUCCAUCCAUUAGUGCAAGUUCCAAAUCAGCUCGUGGGAGCUCCCACGGGCACGGAUGUUACCUUGCAGUGCCACGUUGAAGCUUCACCAAAAGCGAUCAACUAUUGGACAAGAGAAAAUGGUGAAAUGAUCAUAACAAACGACAAAUAUCAAAUGAGCGAGAUCAACAGUUCAGCGUACAGCGUGCAGAUGCGACUCAUUGUUCGCAACAUACAAGACACUGACAUGGGAGGGUACAAGUGCAUAUCCAAGAACUCUAUAGGAGACGCUGAAGGAACUAUCAGGUUGUAUAAAAUGGAACUACCAUAUCUCAAGUCAAGAGUCGAAGACACGGAAACAAAUUACGUAGAGACAAACGAUGUUCGGUCCAGUCUCCAAGGCCCACUUCGAGAAGGCGGUCACCGGGCUGAAGACGCUGGCUUCUUGGGCGGCCGCCCCUCACCCAGUGCCUCGUACCGCGCUACUCCACAUGCAAUCUUUUUAAUAUCUGCCCUAGCCUUUGUGUGUUAAACUUUUCUAAAUUACGUACAACUUAAUGCUACAUCGAAAAUUCAACAUAUACCCAUCGUAAAGUAAAUUUCGUCGCCCUUUGCGUAAAACCGUACGAUGUUUUUCAUACCCGAUACGUAACGAAUUUAAAACAUCUACUUAUUUAACUGUAUAAAUAUAAAGUAAUCGUGCAUAGCCGUUUAUGUAUGUGUGAUGUACAGUAUAAUUAUGACUAAGCUCGUGUGCUUGUAAAAAAUAAUAUGUGCCAGUGUAAAUGGUUAAAUUUAAUAUAAACAAUGAAGACAUUGGAACAUUUAAAAAAGGAGCAGUUAGCAAUGUAUUAUGCUUAGUAUAUGUUGUGCAGUUUAAAAGGAAACCAGUAUUACUAUCGUCAAUAACAUUAUAAUUUUGUGACUAAUAACAAUAUCUUUCCUUUUCCCUGAAAAGAUAAAUACAUAAAAUAUUCCAAUUUGAGUAUGCCUGCAUAUUUACUUUGUUAAUGUAUGUUUUUCAUUAUAUAUGUGCAAACAAUAUGAUUUAAAUAAUUGUUUCAU